UUUGUCCAUUCGCAGAGUCGGACAGCUUUUAUUUAAAUUUUAAUUUAGCCGUCAAUUUGCUUCGGCAUAUUUCAUACGAAUCUCGAUGAGGCUGCAACCACAUCAGUGGCGCAAAGGAGCCAUGCUUUUUGGGGGAUAUUCUAUUUUUAACUGUCCGUUGCUUUGAGUUUCUAUAUCACUUGAAGUUUGUCUAAAUUGCUAAAUUUAGUUAUAAGUUUGCUGUUGGAUAAAUAAUAACGCACUUUAAUGUGUGAGGAGGUAGCUACAGCGCAUUAUCGUAAAAAAGAAUAAAAACAAAAGGCUUCCUUACUGACACUUUCCUUCAAAAAUAAUUUUGGGAAAAUUGAUGGAGAUGUAACUCACUAGAAGAUACCUAACAUCAUAAGUGUGCCGUCAAUGGAAGAUCUAACAACAGGACAAACCAAAUAAAGAAAAAGGGAGGAAAAUUAUCAACUUGGACCGAACUGACAGAGAUCUGAAUGUAUCUUCCAGCCACUGCCAGUCAGAUGUUAGCCAUGGACGUGUUAGCAUUUGAUAAAAUGUCCAAAUCAAAUCGACGUAAGCAGAGUAAGCCAUUACGGGUAUCAUACAGUGCCGAAAACGACCCAACAGCCGAGGGAGGCGGUCCUAUUCCAAAUCGUGGACCGGCCGAGGAGGUCGUCAAUGGUAACGGUGCAGGAGGGAAUGUUUCCGAGUCGGAAAUGGAGGAGCACCACUCACCAAUGGGAAAAGUCAAUGGAGGAAACCUACAUCUGGAUUCACAACCUAUGAAAGACUUUGAUUCUCCUGAUGGAGAAAAAGUUGUCUCAGACCCCAAGGAAAAUAACAAUGAACAUUUUCCGACAAAAUACCAUCGACUCGGUAGUGAGUUGUUUGCAGGAAAUGCGUUCCCUGAAAAUGGUAUUCCAAAAGAAGAGCGAAUUGUUGAGAGGAUGGAUGAAGAUGGAUUGCCAAAGGAACUGAACCCUGAUGAAGAGGGUCGCAAACUCGAUGGUCAAAGCCGUAUCUUUCAUCAGGAUGCAUAUUGUGAACUUUGUGAUCGUGAAUUUUGCAACAAAUACUUUCUAAAAACCCAUAAAGCAAAUAAGCAUGGGAUUUUUGAUAAUUCUUUGUCACCAUUUUCCCUUGGUGCUGCAGGAAAUGGAAUGCCUCUACCUCAGGAAAGCAAUGUACCAUCAGUUCCAAUAACCUCUCCAGUUUCUCAGUCUUUGCCCCAACCACCAAUUUCGUCCAUGUCAUCUUUCAAAGUAAUGGACUUCAUCCAGAGCCUGCCAGCAUCAGAACCUCCUAAGUCAACCAAAAUGGAUGCAAUGACACCAACUAAGGGUGACAUUUUACCCCCAGUCAGCACCCCUCUGUCAUCCAUCAGCAAUACUCAACCAACAGCUUCAUCCUCAUCCAACUCCACUUCCACACCUAAAGUCAGCAAGGAUAUGGAAGACUUUUGUGAACUUUGCCAGAAACACUUCUGUAACAAAUACUACCUCAAGAAACACAAGCAAGAUGUCCAUGGAAUUGCUCCUCCCGAUGGAUCAGGCUCUAGCAGCAAGAGAGGAAGACAGAAGGACUUGCAAGCUCAACUUGAUGCCAUCACCUCUGCAUCUGUUUCUUCCAAUUCACCUCUAAUACCUCACUCACUUCCAAACAUGACUGGAUUGCCCAACAUGCCUGGUGUCAUGGUGCUGAACCCUUUCAUGGCUCCCAUGCUUCUUCCUGCAGGAUCUCUUAUGCCAGGAUCACAGAUUCCUACACCACCCAUAAUGUCACAGCCACUCCCUACCACUUCUCACCACGAGUCCAUCACAACUACAGCAUCUCCAGGCGCUACUAGUCAGACUUCUCCCGGAGCAACUCAGAAAGACUCAAACUCCAAUAACCAGGAGGCCUACUGUGAACUCUGCUGCAAAGAGUUCUGCAAUAAAUAUUUUCUGAAGGUCCACAAAGCAAAUAAACAUGGAAUCUUCAUGGAGGACUUCCCAUUCCUCCCAGGGAUGCCAGGAAUGCCUGGAAUGCCUCCAUUCAAAUUUCCUCUGAGUGAAGGUAUGAUGUCUGCUCCUCCAGAAAAACCUUUAGCCUCCAUGGCUGCUAUGGAUGGCAGAAGUCAAAUCAAAUCAGAACCUAGUCCCAAACAUGGAACAUCCCUUGUUUCCUCAUCUAGUCCUGAAAACUCAGUAACCUACUGUGGAUUGUGCAAUCAAGAGUUUGCCAGCAAGUACACGUACCGUAUUCAUCGCAUCCAAGUCCAUGGCAUGUUGAAUGAGGGUCUUGAUGGGUCCCUCACUGAAGAAAUUAUUAGGAAUUCCUUUAGAGAAAGAGAGGAGUUCUUCAGAUAUGCAAUGAGAGAGAAGGAAGAGGCUUCCAAAAUAUCUCCUGGUUCAAAAAAUGAAAAUGAAAAGGAAGGUGAAACCAAGAUGGCUGACAAUGGAAUGACUACAAUGUUUGGAAAUAUGGUUGCAGCAAAACUUGCAGACCGUGUAACUUGUGACAUCUGCAAUAAAGACUUGUGCAAUAAGUAUUUCCUCAAAGUACACAAGUUCAAAGUACAUGGAGUGGACACUUCAGCCACUGACAACAAGUUCGAUCCUAGCCGUAUUGCCAAACAUCAGCUAACUGGAGACUUUGAACUCAUCAAAAAUGCAGUGAAGCAGGAGCCAAAAGAUAUACCUAGUCAAAGUCCAAAACAUACCUCCAAGUUAGACAAAAUAAAAGACUUCCCACAGUUCAGUCCUAAAAUGUCAUCCUUUAUGCCCAUGCCUAUGCCGAUGCCAAUGCUCUCCAGACCAGGAGAGAUGCCAAGAGACAAACCAAUGUCUCCAAGCACAAACGUUGAAAAACCAUCCAAUGAAGAGCUUGUUAAAAUGGGCAUUGACCCUGAAGCCUACUGUGAAAUCUGCAAGAAAGAGUUCUGCAGCAAAUAUUUCCUUCGAACACACAGACUGAACAUCCAUGGCAUUUCAACACCAGAUACACCUCAGUCAACUCCAGGCAAAAUCAGUCCAAUGAUGUUCCAACAGGCCAACAAUAUACCACUCAAUUUAAGCAUGAAUGGUGGCAUGAGUAGUGGCAAAAAGAAAAGUGGAUUUGAAAAACACUCUUGGAGAUGGAAGGAGCCCAUGAAUUCCUCACGAGUCAGCUGUGACAUCUGCAACAAGGAGGUCUGCAACAAGUACUUCUUGCGUACACAUAAAUUAAACAAGCACGGGAUCCUUCCAAGCGAAAAUUCGCUGUCCCCAUCUACCUCAGAUAUUGAAACCCAGAGUAAUUCAUCAUUGCCAACAGAUCUCAGUAUGCAUGAAAGAAUGCUACCAAGUCCUCACACUGUCAAACUUGAUAGCAACAUGCCUGGAAUCCACGGAAUGGAUGAGAGGAUGAUGAAGAUGGGAGACUCUCCUAUAAAGAUGAAUCCAGAAGAAGCAUAUAACAGUGAAAUCUGUCAUCUCUGUGAUCGACGCUUCAAAAACCAGAAGUGGUUGAAUGCUCACAUCUUGAAGGAUCAUGCAAGGGCUGGAGGAUUUCCACCUGAGAUGAGGGAGAGAAUGAUGCAUGCUGGGAUGGAGCUUUGCUUUGACAAGAAAACUUGCAGAAUUUGUGAGAAAUCUUUUCCUAGUGAAUUGUCAAUGCAUCUGCACAUGAUACAAGAGCACAAUGCACAAGUCAGUCUCAACACGGAAGAGAAAAGUCCACCUGUCCCUAAACGCAGAUCCAACUUAACCAAACCCAGAUUUGCUAUGAAGAGAGGGUUCUCUUUUACUGCCAAGCAAAAACUUUACAAUUGUGCUAUUUGUGACUAUAAAAGCAAGUGGUUGAAUAAUGUGUAUAUGCAUGAACUGAAAGAACAUAGAGUGCUACAUGUCAAAAAUAAAUCAGGAGUGAAGCGGAUCGUUGAUAAAGCAGCCAAAAAUCUGAAGCAGUACAGGUGUACAAAAUGUAACCUUAAAUUUGCAACACCAAUUCUGUGUCAUCUGCAUAUUCGUGAGGAGCACAUCCGAAACAAAAAUUUCCGUGUAAAUAAUAAACUACCAAACACUCGUCUGAACUGUAAAUUUUGUCCAUUCUCAACCAAGUUCUCAAAGCAACUGCGACAUCACAUGACCCGCGUUCAUUGCGAUGGCCGCUACACCUCGUAUAAAGAUCACAGCAGCUACGACCUGGAAAAGAACAUGGAUGUUCCAAGUGAUUCUCUGAGUGACUGUAGCAAUGAAAACUUCCAGCUGUUCAAAAUUCAAGACUGUUCUCUAGAAUCUGACUUCCGUUCCUCGAUGGCCGUCAAACUUCCUGUACGUCACCGCAUGACCAACCCUGUCACAGUAACCUUUCAUCUGGCUCCUAUGGAACAGUAAGAAAUUGUUGUAGAUAUAUGUGUUCAUGUGACCUGUCAUUGGUUAUGUCCCUUUGUCAAAGGAAUUUUUUUUUCCUGAUUAGUUUGAAAAUAAGACAGAUAAGAUAUAAAGCAUUUUUUUAGCCGCUUGACCAUUUUUACGUGGUUAUGGACUAAUUUCCAUGCUAAGAAAUAACUCAAAUUUUGAUGAUACUUGUGAAAGGGGUUCGAUGGGUUUUUCUUGUUUUGUUUUGGGAUUUUUUUUUUUUUUUUACAAUUUAGCCUGUAUACUGGUUAAAAAUGAUGUGCAAUCUAAGUUUCUUUUUGUUGUAAUAUUACUCGCAUUUAAUUUAUUUUGUUAUUGUUAUGUUGUUGAUUAAAAAGGUAAAACUCUUUUACCAUAUUGCAAUCACCCCCUUUGCAUAAGGGUUUUACCCUUAGUUCAGAAAAGUCAGUUUUAGUAUAGUUUAAAGUAUCUACUUUCAUUAAUUGUGGCAGCACGGUGGGAUGAAGUUUUUAUGUAAGUUUUCCCCUAUAAAGAGAUUUUUUUUGUUGGAGUUUCAGUAUUAUUGCAAUGUUAAAUCAAACUUUUGUUUUCAGUUAAUAUGCACUUAAGUAUUAUAGUAUAAAUCCUUUUUUUUUUUUUAUUAAUUUGUAGUCCUAGUGCAAAUUAUGUAAUCUACACUGUAAUAUACAUAAGUAUAUAUGUAUACCCAAUCAUGAUAUUGUAUAAUUAUCAUGAUAAUAUUGUCCAUUCCUAAAAAAAAUCACUGCAAUGCCGCUAAAUGCCCAGUACUUAGCCUUGUAAGAAAUUUGUAUUUGAUGUACAUAUAUAUUAACCUAAUCGAAAAAACCUAUAAUUCUAACCAGUGUACAGAUUUUUUGUAUGUCUUAAGUGUAAAUUGAAUGAAAAUCAGGGAACAUUUUUCAGCAAAAUCUUGAGUAAUGAUCCAUGUACGUAUGUGUUCUUGUGAAGUUUUUUUUUAAAUGACAUAUUAUUUAUUAGAUCAUGUAUACACUUGAUGUUUUUUAUAAAGACAUGUUUUUGUGUGUGAUUAUGUAAACACAGUAUUCACAAUUAUAAAAAUAUGUACCACACAGGCUGUGGUAAAGCAUUGUUGAAAAUGUGACAUUUUUUUUAAUAGGGGGCAUUACAUGAAAUGUGCAAUUUGUGUGUGCAAGUUUUUUGUACACAGCUUAUUGUGUACUUUUAUUACUUCAUAAAUGAGUGACACAGUUCUUCAAUCAAAAACCCAAAUAAAAACCCAUGUUACAUGCAUACUACAUGUUAGCAAUAUAGGUGGUCAGGUACAAAAACUAUACUGAACAUGUAAAAUAAAUAUUAAUGACAUUUUGUUUGGGGACCUUUUUUUUUGCAAGUCUUGCCAAGAUCUUAAUAGGAUGAUAUGAUAUUUUCAACACAAGUAGCUUCCAUGACCACUUGUAAAUAUUGUUUUAUUUACAAAAGUGCAUUGCCAAAAAAAUUAACACAUGUUGAAGUUUUUUUUACGGAUCCAAACAAUUGUUACAAAUGAUUAUAAAGUGUUUCCAAUUACAUUUUUAUUUUAAUUAAAAGUUAGGAGAAACAAAGUUAGAUACAAUCAAAGCUGUUUUUGUCCCCAAUGCAAAUCAUGAGAAAUAUAAAUGCAUUUAUUUGAUGUGUAUGGUGUUUGUAAAUUUUUUUCAUGUAAUCUAUGUUUGACUUGUGUGGUGUUUUUUGAUUGGUUGAUCCCGUAAUUUGUGUGGAGUUUCUGGAUUGGUUGAUCCCGUUUUUUUCCUCUCAUUCCUAGCGUAUUUCCAGGAUUUGGAGCAUCGGUGUAUAUUUCAUGCCCAUUUCCACUUAGCUUUGUGGUUGAAGUGAAAUUAUAUAUAUUUUUGAUAUGCCAUAUCGUGUGGCUCUUGUUUUUAUCAGCUAAUCUUAUAUAAUCUUGUUUGAUUUUUUUUUACAUAGGAGAGUUAUCUAGUAGCUGUUUAUGAAUUUGAUUUUGUAUAUUUAUUGUUGAAACCAUGGUUCCACAAAUCAUUCAUUUAUACACAUAUUUCUUAAAGUUUAAUUAGGUCUUAGAACUCCAACUAAUUAACAUGAAUUCAACGUACAGAUUCAAUGUAUCUUUUUGCUCCGUGAUGCCUGCAAUCAAUUCUACGAUAGGGAAUUGUCAAUUAAAAGCUACAAAAAUGGCCACUUUGAUUCAUGUUCUUGGAAGCUUUUUUUAAUUUAUAUAUUCAAAUCAAAUGAGUUUUCCUGAUAUUUUUUUGCAUACAAAACAGCCCAGACUCUUAUAUAAGAUAUUUAAAAUGAUUGAUCUUCAAAUUUGGUUUGAUAUUUUUUUCAUAAAUCAAAAGUUCAUUGAAAUAGUUUGAAUAUUUGAAUAAGUUUUGACUUAAUGUGAAAUUACAUCAAUUAAAAUACGAUUUAUUUCCAUCACAAUUCUUUUUGGGCUUUGAAAUUUGUCAAUGAAAAAAGUCAUUGUUUUCCAAUGUUAAUUUGAAUCUAGUCAGUCAUUUUCAAAAUGGUACUUAAUUAAACUGCAAAGAUGAGUCAUCAUUUUUGAAAAGCAUUAAUCCUUCUUUCCAAUUUCAACAACAACAAAUUGACACUGUUUUUUUAAUAAGAAAGGAAUUUUAUUGUUCUGUUAAGAAAAAUAUGCCUUCAUCUGUUGGUUGAUUUUAAAGGUUCACCGAUUACUGUUCAAUGGCUUGAUAAAUCAACAAGUUUUUUACUUGGUUCUUAUACAUAUUUUCGACAUUUUUCAACUUUUAUGUCAAUGAACAGCUGUUUUAACAACAUCUGAUUUUCCUCCUCUUUCAAAUGAUUCAUAUUCAUCUACAUUAAUAAUUUGUAACAUUUUUCACAGGAAGGUUGCCAAAAAUCUUUAAAACAAAAAUAAACCUUACAGCAUCUAAAGAAACAUUGUUUCUGUAUAACUGUAAUUUAUACUUUUGUUAAUCUUUGUAUUUAUUCUAAAGAGCAAACUCCUUCUUGAUACAUUGCCCCACGUUUAGUAUUUAUAUUAUGGAGCUAGUCAGUUUUUUUGUCGCAUUCCUUUGGUACAAGGGUGGACCCCCCCAAUGGAACUACCUCGCACCACACCAGUUUUCCCACCAUAGAAGGAAAAUUGUAAACCGUGAAAAAUAAACUAGUCAUAAUUUAUAUUUAGUAGUGGCAUAAGCUGAGUGUAUUUCAAUGUACAUAAAUUAUACAUGUAUAUGGUAAUUAUUUAGCAUAUGUGUUAGUGUAAUUUUUUUUUUUGAAAAAUAAUAUAAUACGGGUUAACCCUUGUCCAAAUGUGAUUAGGGUUUUUUCUUAACGCAGAGUCAAGGUUAUAGAAUUUUGUAAUUAUUUGUAAUUAGUCAGUUCAGAUAUGCCUAAAUACACUGUAAAUUUGUCAAUGUAUUUCUGCAGUAACUUUAAACUUUUGUUCACUUAAUUCCUAAUUGUGCAAUUAAAACAGCCCUCUUGCCACUAGUUUCAAUUUUAUUUUCACAUUAUGAAUUAGUUGAUACUAGUUGGGGGGUCAAAACCCCAAGUGGUUGACAAUAUAUAUAUUAAAUAGGAUUAUUUUUUUUUUUUUAAGUACAGAAAUGUUUUGUUGUGUUUUGUCCAUUUUAUUUAUUUAUAUUUCCCUGUUCAGGGGAGUAUGUUGACAUUCAUUUUGUUGCCAGUUACCAUGGGUUUCUUGUCAAUACUGUUUGGUUAAUAUCUCUGUAUAGUGGAGUGAUUUUUUUUUCACCAACACACUGUCCCAUGAUGGUGUUUUGUAUGCAAUAAAUUUGAAAUGUUA